GUCACUAGCUUCUUCUAGUCACAGCUAGAAGUUGAAAUUGAUACACACAAGUAAGCCUCUCAUCAGAGCUUUUCAUGAGAACUAUGAUUUCAAAAAUUCUCGUAUGCAUUCUGGUUCCUUUCGUUGUGCUGUCGAUAAUGUUUGAUCCAGCGGACGCACAGGCGUGGAACGACGGUGACGGGGGCAAAGUUAAAUGGCAAUAUGAUUGCGACUUUCCCGGCAAUGAUAUCGGAAAUCAAAGAGUUCCUGGUGACCAAUGUGGCGGCCUUUGUAUUAACACAAAUGGGUGCAACCACUUUAGUCACUUUAAUGGAAUCUGCUAUUUGAAAAAGGCAUCAAGCAUCCCUCCCCGUAAACAGACAAGCGGUGGCGGAGGCCUAUGUGGAUUCCUAACAGGGCGAGAUCACGUUCAACACGCCAUCCGAGCUGGACUGGUGCCAGUUCGAGGUGUCAAUUUGGGUGGAUGGUUGGUUGUUGAAAAUUGGAUCAAUUCGAAAGACCCGCUCUGGGACGGAGUCCCCAGUACUGUUUCCAGCGGAGGAGAAAUGCAAACGAUGAGAUAUCUAGGUCACGAAGUGGGAGAUGCUCGUUUUCGAACUCACUGGGACACUUUUGUCACCGAAGAAGAUAUCGCCAGCAUUGCUCGUAAUAGUUUGAAUACUGUACGAGUUCCCAUUGGCUGGUGGAUCCUCGGCUACGACACACACGAUCCUUCCAACCAACAAGGAUACAAGACGUUUGCUCCAGGAGGAUUAUACUUUUUGGAUCGUUUGGUCCAGGAAUGGGCCAUCAAAUACAAUGUGGCCGUCCUGAUUGGCAUCCACGCAGCUAAGGGAAGCCAAAACGGCAACGACCACAGUUCGCCGUCGGAUCCUGGACAGGUCUACUGGUCCCAGUAUCCGGAAAACAUCGACAACACGCUGGAAGUGGCCCGUUUCUUCGCUUCACGCUACCGUAACACUCCUUCCUUCCUGGGCGUGGAACUCCUGAACGAGCCCACCUCGGUGGACGUGGCCAAGCUCAAAGAUUACUACCUGAGGGCGUACGACGCCAUCCGGACGACCGGAAACGAUUGCAUCCUAGUCACCUCUCCGAUCCUGCGGGAGCAGAACGCCGGGACCAGCAGCGACUGGGAGAAUUUCAUGCCGUCGCCGGCCUACACCAACAUGUGGCAUGACUGGCACAAGUACCUCAUUUGGGGAUACGAGGGCAAAACGGCCGACUGGAUUAUGAAGGAAGGUGUGGCCCUGAUUGCCGCCGACAUUGCGGCCUGGACGGGCGCACCGCUGGUCAUGGGCGAAUGGUGUGUGGCCGCUCCGGGCAGUGCCGUCUUCACCGACGUGACGCUGAAGCAGUACGCCUACAACAUGAUCACCACCAUGGAGGCCAUGAAGGGUGGCUGGACCAUGUGGACCUGGAAGCAGGAAGGAAAAAAUCCCAGGCCGGACGGACAGGGUGGAUGGAGCAUGAAGGAUUUGAUCAACGACUGUAUUAUGGAUCCGAAAUGGUGGAAUAACACCUCCACCGUAUGUCCAUAAUACUAUUUAAUAUCGAUUAAUUGGCAUUUCCCCUAGUCUGUAUAAUGCUUCUGUGCUGAACACCUUUCAAAUGGUUCUAUAUAUAAUACACUGUAUAAAUACACUU